GAUACACACAUAAUGUCUAUUUCUUUGGAGACCGUUAUCCCCCAGUUGGAAAACCCUGUCAAUAUUGCUCCAAUUUUGACCACCUUGUACUACAACAAGUCUCUCAUCAACGAUGCGGCCCCAACCGAAAUUGCCCAUUUGGUUUCCAGAACUGUGAACUUGAUCAAGUCUCCGACUGAAUACAAACAAUGGUGCGGUGCUAACUUGGCCAAGGUCAUUUGUCUCAGCCCUAUUCUCUUACCAGCGCACGGUGCAAUUAUCUUGCAAAGUUUAUUGAAGGUAGUUGAUACCGCCCACACCCAGUCGAGAACCUUCAAUGCUGCCGCCGAUGCAUUGCUCACCUUUGUCAAGCAGAUCAAGGGUAAGCCAACCUUGACCAGAGAGAUUUUGACCCCAUCCUUACCCCUGUUGAUUGCCGCUUUGGUCGCUCACUUGCACAAGGCUCCGUUGAAUGCCCUCAAGUUGUUGAAUUACUUGUUAAAGAACAACUCCACCACCUUCAGACCUUACGGGAACAAGUUAGAAAAGAAGUUGUACAGUUUGUUAUUGAACAACUACAAGUCUUUGCCAGAAAACUUGAAGAAAUCUGUCUUCAACACCUUGACCUCACUCUACAUGAUCAACAAGACCUCUGUUGAGGAAACCUGGAGCGUCCAGUUGAAGUCUCGUAUCAGUGACUUGAGAUCAGUCUUGAUGGUCUAUGGCGAGUUUUUGAAGUUUGAGGACGACGGUGAUUUACAGCAGCUCAUUUCCAGAUUACCUGAUUUUGACGCCAAGACCGAUUAUACCUCGCCGUUCCCGGCGUUGGACAUUGAUAUUUCCCACCCAGACACCAUUUUCAACAUUUCAGAAAGAGUCGAGAUUUUAUUAGGCUGUAUCGGCUCCUACUUGACCUCUGCCACCUAUUUGCCGGUUAAGGUACCAAUGGGCACCAUCGUCAUCUUGUCAGAAGUCAUGUUCACCAUCCAGGCCAAGUUCCUCUCUUUCAAACGUGAGAUCGCCUCCAGUGCUGUCUUAACCUCCACCAUCUCUGCCUCUAUUGCUAUGAACCAGAAGAGUAUGGUCGGCUUGUUGGCCCAGCUUCCAAAGGUCUACGGGGGGAUUUUGGUUCCUCACUUGCAGUUGUUGUUUGCAAACCUCGAGAUUUUGUUGCCCACCUCCAAGAAGGGUCUCGAAAUUAGCAAGGUGGUUAACAGUGAGGCCUUGUUGUUGGUCAUCCUCGAAUGCGCCACCUCCUACUUGGCCAUGGUGGAGCAGAUUGCCGAUUCGUCUUGUUUCUUGCGUCUCUUGGACGUUUCCUUCAUCCUCCUCCAGGAGAGAUCCAACUUGCCCGACUCGGUCACCAACUCCCUCAACACAAACAAGGCUCAUAAUACCUCGAACCCACAGGGUACCAAGAAGAACAAGAAGAGCAAAAACACCAACUCGGCUUCCACCUCCGAUUUCCUUUCCCAUCGUCUGUUGUACUUGGUCAAGCCUUCCUGUGAAAAGGUCGCCAUAAUCAACCGAUUCUUCACCGCUAUACUCCGCAAGGUCGACUUGAAGUCCUCCACCCAUAGAUUGAAGUUGACCAAGUACAUUAUCGUGGCUUCUCAUACUCUCAAGCAGGAUGCCGCCACCCUGAGCAUCCCAACCAGCUUUAGAGAGUUGUUGAAGGCAGCCGUCUUGUUCCCGGCUGCCAAUGAAGCCGCAUCCAUCUUGCCAAUUGUCUCCAGCUUGAUCGGCAAGGACGAUGACGUCAUGGGUAUAUUCGUGAACCCACGCUUCCCUCCAUUGAACCAGUUUGCCGCCAAGCCAAUGGAGUAUGCUGAGGAUGUACCAGAGGAAGAAGAGGAGAGCGAAGAGGAGGAAACCUCUGCCAAGCGUCGCAAGUUGAGUGUUGACCUUGAAGUGGAGGUUGAAACCGCCAUCCCAAUGGUUGAGGUUAGUGCCGCUGAUGAGGAGGAACAGAGUAAGCUUUUCCAGAAAGUUGAUCCGGAAACGGUGCUUGAGUUCCCACAGACUCCAGCCGCUGAACAAGUGGAGUUGGUUGAAAACAUAGUCGAGGAGAGAACCAUUACUACCGUUGAGGCCGAGGAAGACGAUGGCUCUGACUUUGAAAUGCCAGAUAUUGAGUUGGGUAACGACGAUUCCGAGGAUGAAGAGUAAGCUUUUUGACUUUAAUAGAAGUGUAUCAUAGCCUAAGAAAAGAAAAAUUACCGUAAAGGUUUUAUAUGACAGAGGCUAUUACAUUCCUGUAAGUGCGUGGCAUCGAG